AUGGGUGUCCUCCAUACUAUUCCACCGGGAAUGGGUACGAUUGGUGGAGUACCUGAAACGCAAUUUGCGUUUGGAGCUUCGAGUGGGGAUUCACUUCCUACUAGCUCGUUUUCGAAUGUUGCCUUACAUUCCAUGAGGCAACAAAUGGAUGAAAGCAAUCACGAGAUGGUCAAUAUGCUGACUCAUCAAAUGACCACUGUGUUGAAUCCCAUAGUGGAAACGACUAAUACCAGCUAUCAAAUUUUGGCUGAACAAAUGCGUCGAAUUGCUGACGUUUUUGGGGCACCUCGAGUCCCUAUAAGGCAAGGGCAAAAUGUUGCCCAAACACCUCAUCAAGAUGCUACAAAUCUUGGUCGAAAUGGUCAAAUUUUCGAGCAAAAUAGACCAAAUUUUGGUCCAAAUCUUCCGAGACAAAAUGAGGGAAAUUUUCAGGUAGACCAACCCCUAGUUUUUGCUCGAAAUCCAAAUGCUCCGUUUGAGCAAAUUGGUCGAAAUCUUGACCAAAACCUUCUGAGACAAAAUGAGGGUGAUUUCCAGGGAAAUCAACCCUUUAUUAUUGCUCGAAAUCAGAAUGCUGAUGAAAUACUUGAGCAAGCUGAACUGCCUCGGGGCUGGAAGGUCCCAAAAUUCACUAAAUUUGCUAGAGAUUCCGGUGAAUCUACAGUAGAACAUAUAGCUAGAUACGCCAUAGAAUGUGGAGAUUUAGCUCGAAAUGAAGAUUUAAAGUUAAAGUACUUUCCUAGUUCUUUGACUAAGGGGCCUUUACCUGGUUCACAACCUUACCCCCGAAUUCAAUUCAUAAUUGGAAUCAAUUAG